CCGCCCGAGCCCGCCCGGUGCCGCCAUGGUCUCCUGGAUCAUCUCCCGCCUCGUGGUGCUGAUCUUCGGCACCCUCUACCCCGCGUACUCCUCCUACAAGGCCGUGAAGACGAAAAACGUGAAGGAAUAUGUGAAGUGGAUGAUGUACUGGAUUGUGUUUGCCUUUUUCACAACUGCAGAAACACUCACAGACAUUGUUCUUUCUUGGGCUGAGAGAUGCCCUGUUUAUGGAGUUUUCAUGGCUAUGGAUGAAAGACUAAAUGAGACUCGAAGAAGUUCUCCAUCUUUCUCUCUCUCUCUCUCUCUCUCUCUCUCUCUGUUUCUUUUUUUAUUCCCUCUUUCUCUCAGGUUUCCUUUUUAUUUCGAGCUGAAAAUUGCAUUUGUGAUUUGGCUGCUCUCCCCUUACACCAAGGGCUCCAGUGUCCUCUACAGGAAGUUUGUGCACCCAACGCUCUCCAAUAAGGAGAAGGAAAUUGAUGAAUACAUUACUCAGGCUCGUGACAAGAGCUAUGAAACCAUGAUGCGAGUUGGCAAGAGGGGGUUAAACCUUGCUGCCAAUGCAGCAGUUACUGCAGCUGCCAAGGGCCAGGGAGUUUUGUCUGAGAAGUUGCGAAGUUUCAGCAUGCAGGAUCUCACUCUGAUCCGGGAUGAAGAUACCGUGCUUAUGCGAAGCCAUGAGCCACAGCUGCACCCUUCUGGUGGGAGUCUUCUUGAAACUAUUGAGGAUUCAGCUUCCUGUUACUCCUCAGGAGAGGAGAGCAGUGUGACACAGAGGUCUAAUGGAGCCUCCUUGGAGACUAGAACAGACCCAUCAGAUGAAGAUGCAGGAGACAAACUUCCUAAACGUACCCAGAGUCUCAAAACACCUAAGAAGGUGACAAAAGCUGAGCUUCCAGUCAGAAGUCUGAAAGCCCGCCCUAAGAAGAAAGCAGCAGGCUCUCUUGCUUCUAGCGAGUCAUCCUAAGAGAAGCUCCCCCUCCCCAGCACCUGUCUCUGACCCAGGAUUUGCCUGUCACUUCUGAGGGGAAACUCCCCAAAGAAAGGGAGCUGAGAUUCAUGUACAUAACUGAUACUGCUUUGUAGAGCUCAUUCCAAGGCAAGGGGGAGGCUGGGAUUCAGAAAGUGGAGUAGAGGAUACACAUCCUCAGGAAUUUUCUCCUUUUCAUCUAUCUGUUAGAGGGAAUGCUGAUGUCUGUAUAUAGCCUGUUGCUUUGGAAUUCCCACUGUAUAACCCUAGUUGGGGAAAAUCUUUGCUGGAAGGACUGACUAGGGUUAGAGACAUCCAUUGCACAGAAGCUGGAAAAAAUAUUAGACACUGAAAUUCCACAGGGGUGGGUGGCUGCCUAAAAUGUCUUACCCUGCUCUAAGCAUUCUUCUGCAGCUGUGUGUUGUUAAGAAAUGCCCACCAUGAUUCAUCCUCCUUAAGAACAGACUGUACCUGUCGUGUCCAUCCCCUUUGAGAAGGUGACUGAAAUGAUGUAUGCUGAGUGCUUUGAAACAUAAAGGACUAGCUCCUGGGAGGAGUGUUGUUAGAGUCCUGUUACUAGUACUGCAAGAUUAAGAGAUUGGCUUUUUUUUUUUUUGCAAGGUGAAGGGAGAUAAUUGAAAAACUGGGCAAUGAAGAAAAUGUGCUGAUAUAUGCACAUACACGUGUCAUGGAGCAGAUACAGGUAUCUGUAAGAGUUAAGUAUUAAGAAGGAAAGUUGGGCAACUGUAAUAUUUUGCCUCUUUUUGAAACUGCUUGAAUUUUAUUUUGGGUUCUGUUGUUCACUUUGAUUCCUGAGAGAGCAUCAGAGUGAGGCAAGUCCCAUACAGUGGGAAAAGUUGUCAGGGAGACAGUUUCUUUGCCAUUUAGUGUCUGAAGUCCAUGUCAUCCUGAUACUUGUUACUAUGGUCAAAUUCUUUCAUUCUAGCAGGUGACUGGGGAAAACCUGACUCAAUAUAGCCUGUGGGCAUACUUGAGAAUUUCAGAAGCCCUUAUACCUCACUUUUAGGAGAUCCAGUCCUCAGGACAUGAGAACUGAUAAAACAGCUGAUGUAUGAAUUUUGCUAAUUACAAGAUUCAGUUUAUGGGGUAUAAAAAGCGGGAGUUAGGGCAUAAUACUGUAUUUACUCAGUCCAUUUCCUUUAGGCUACUGCAGCCUUUGCACAAAUUUUCUGUCUACCUGUGUGCCAUGUUUAUCAAUGUCCCAAGACCUCAGCAGCACAUAACACUUGGGACAGAACUACAUUGAAUGCAGAAUACAUAUUGUGGGAGUGAAAUUGCAGAGCUGCAGUGAAAAUUUGCAUCAUGCCCUACUGGAUUCCAAACUGUUAAGGGGAGAUUCCCCCAUACACAGGCCAACAGAGUCAGUGGGAAUUGGAGAUGAGUAGGGUUUCUGGUUUUGAGAACUAUAAUGUGGGAGCGCCAUUAGACAUGGUUGUCAGAACAAAUACUUGAUGGUGUUGAUCUUCACUGAAGCCAGUUAUGAAAGGAACCUGGCUUCACCUUCCCUACUGAAGACUGUUCCUACCUCUAGGUACAGGCACUUGUGUUUGCCAACAUCUUUUGCUGUCACAUCUCUGAAAUUAUGGUAGAUUCUUCACAGAGCUGAGUAUUUCACUGCUGACAAUGUGUAGAAUCACUUCUGCAAGUAACCAUUCCACAAGUAUUUCUGUCCUGAAGAAUUAGCCCUUCAAAAGUUUGUAAAGUUGAAGAUUAGGACUGAUAUUUUUCUUGUUUUGCAUUGUCUUGGUGGCAGGUUGUUAUGAAUUGACUAGUUAUUUUAGGAAAUAAAUUAAGUUGAUUUUAUUGUUAUUUGUAGCUUUUAAAAUGGAAGCCUUGACAGACCACUUCAGCAACUUGCAUCUUGUGAGGAAUUCAUGUGCUGGAUUAUCUACAAGGCUUUAGAUGGAAGCCAGCAGAAAAUCCUUGAUUCAACUUUGAGUUUAGAGUUUUGCAAAGAAAGCCAAGUGUUUUGUUCUUUUUAAUUCAUUAGCAAACAUUAUACUUGUCUCACUAAUACAUGCAAAGAUGUGUCCUGAAGCAGCAGUUCUUUCUGUUUCCAUAGGAAAUUCCUCCUUCAACGUGAGGGAUAAAAGUCUUUACUGAUUAUGUGGAAGACUCAGUUGUGAUGAACUGCUGUCCUAGAUUUUACUGUACUGAACAAGAGAUUGUUCUCUAUAUACCAGGUAUCUUUACGACCACAUUUCCUGAAUUUUUUUUUCUUUAAUAAAAAUUUUCCUUAGCAAAUUACUUAUGUAAAUCAUUGAGGGAUUUGAUUUGGAAGCCAGUGGUUCUUCAUUAUGCAUGCAUUCCGAGUCUUGGAUUUCUCUGUUUUCUAACAGAGACUUUCCAGAUCAUUUUCUAGAGUGUGUUCAUUUGUGGUAACUCUUCCAGCUUUGCAGCACAGGAAGAAUUUCUAAAGACUUGGUUUUGGUGUUUGGAUUUACUUUCGUAUUCCUGAGCUAAGUCCUACACUAAGUAUCUUUUAAUUAGCACUAAUGCUUGAUGUCAUUAGCCUGUGGGUAAGUGCAGGUCAGUCUUACCCUGACGUUUGUUGUACAGGGGAAUUCAAUGACUUCUGGUUUUGAGAGAGCCUGGAGUAAAGUCACAGAUUGUUAUGUAGUGUAUGAUGUGAAGAUGAUGAUGUCAAGCAGCAGAACUUAGAGAGAGCAAGAACGAUGUCUUAGCAUGGACACUGUUUUCUUCUUGCAGUACAAAUGUGAUUGCUAGACUGUGCUCUGCUUGAUCAAAGCCUCUGCAGAUCUGCCACCACCCACAUGACCUCUUAGUGAGUUACUAGAUACAGUUCUGCAUGGGAUGACAUGGUCUUGCAUAGAAAUUGUUUUGUUAAUGAGAACGCUGAUUGUGCCAUUCUGGUGAAAUGCAGUUAUCAGCUGUUGUUCAGUGUUUUCAGCAGGAAAUGCUCGAAUGUGGUUUCUCUUCAGUAUCAUCUGUGGGCUUCAUUGUGCAAUUAAGCAAAUGGUUAAAUCUUCACCUAGCAUUUGAACCCAUUGUGUUCAGGAAGUGUUUAUAACUCUUUACUAAUUUGCCUGGGCGUGGAGAGAAACACAGUAAGAGAAAAUUAUGAUACCUGAAGUUUCGGGGCAGGGGACGGGAGCAGCAUGGAGAGUCAAACUUCAUGUGCCUAAGAAUUAACCCAAAAUACUUGCACCAUGAGGUACAAAGCGAAGCCAUGACUCCCUUUUGGAAAGAAAUGUUGUACCUUCAUGCUUUAGAAUACUGUGAGAUAAUGUCUAUGAGAUAAUGUUCUGCUGUUGCAAAAGAAAAUGGUGACACGUCGUUUUCCUUCUGAGGAAAUGGUUUGCUGUUAAGAGACAAAUGUUCUCUUGCUUGUCAGUAUCCUUCAUGGGGGGUAAGAAAUAGAAAAAUACAGGGGAGACUAAUGCCAGAUUUUAAACCUUACACCUCCACGUCUUAAUUUCUUACUGUUCUGUAUCGAGUUUCUCAUUUUCUAGCCUUAUGUUUCCCAGACUGAUUUAUUUUAGACUAGAUUAACUUCCUUAGUAGGUAUCCUUUAAAAUGAAAAGCUUAUUCUGGGGAAACUACACCUUCCUCCGUUUUAAUGAUCUGAGUUCUUUCCAUUGUCCUUUUGCAGUGCUGGGAUUUCAUUUUUAAAUAUCCCUCUGGGAAGUAUAACUCCCUCACAAUGUAACGUCAAGUAAUUUCUGCCAAGAAAAGCAAGGUUUCUAGAUAACUGACUUUCCAGAAGUUGUUUAUUCUUUGCCAUCUCAAUCAGCAGGAUCGGUGCCUUAGGAGGAGAGUGAGGUGACUGUGGAAAACUCUGUCUCUGAUCUGCACAGAGCAUUGGAUCAAGGAGGCUUGCGUAUUCACUACAUCACUGUAUGCUUGAGAGCAGCUGUUGAAUAUGCAAACUUGCAUAUAACACUAGGGACACUGUAUUGUUGCAUGACUCUGGCACUUGCUGGGGACAUGCUAAAUCACAUCUCUAUGUAACUGAUCAGUACUGUAGCUCUUCUUGCUUUACCCAGUAAGAAUUCAUAAUGUGCCACCUGGCUGAAGCAUCUUGUUGGGGCUGCUUUCUGAGUUGCACUGUCAUGUCGGGUGUGUAUAACACCAGAAAAGUAUUCUGAAGCUGUAUGAGCUCAAAGAAUCUGAAGUCUUUUGAGCUGGAAGGGACCUCUGGAGGUCAUCUGGUUCAACUGCCCUGCUCAAGCAGGGCCACCUAGAGUCAGUCACCCACUAGUUCCUGUGUGCUGUUUAUGGUCUGGAGCCUGCUGAAUUUAAUGUUUUAAGAGCUGGUAUGUGCAGAAAUACGUGUGCUGUGGGGGGUAUGCUUUAGAGUUACAGAGGAGGAAGGAUUCCUGAUCACCUUUCAUCUGGAAUUUGGCACUGUUACAAAACACUACGAACAUAAUUCAGUCUUAUUUAUAGGUAUUGUUAAGAAGCCUAGAGGCUUCAGAAGAGAUGCACAAAGUAACUUGUGAGAACAGUCGGUUUGCACAGUAAAUGAAGACAAUAAACCUGAAUAGCAGCUAAGAGCUUGUCUUGUGAGGUAGAUUUGGAUUAGAAAAUGGGCUGUGUACAGAGUUGUCUGCAAAAUACUGCUGACUUUCUGAUCCUCAAGUAAUAUUUGAAAACUAUGAAAUUUAAAGAUUACAGCCUCAUUUUUCUUACAGCACCCCACUGUCUGAGUCUUACCUUUUGAAGCUGGGCUUGAGCUACAUAUAUUGAGAUCCUUGAACCAUUCAUCACUUCAGAAUAAAGUUUGAAUUUUGCAUCUGCAGGGAGGACCAGAAGAGUGUCAAAUUAUCUCAGAUGACUUUGUAAUAGAUGUGUUAUUCUGGGGAAGCACCAACAGGAAGCUCCAGAGGAUACAUCUGUCUGGGAAAUUACCUGCCACAAAGCUAGCAUUGUUAGAUGAACCAAGUGCUGGACUUUGCUACACUCAUAUACAGAGCUAUCUGUAGAAUCCCAAAAGUCAAUGUCAGAAUUGCCAGUGCUGUAAUUCUAAUGAGAACUGGAAUUAAAAUAGUAUGAAAUUAUAAGAGACAGUGCCAAAUUGGUGGGGUUAUUUUCUGCAAUUUUGCAGGUAAAUUUAGGUCUUUGCUGCUUCUUUACCUAAACCUUGACCGUCAGCACUUUCAAGAAAACUGUUACUCCCUUUCUCUGUUUCUCAGCUCCUAUCAUUUCAUUACCUGGUUAGGUUUUCUCUUAUUAAGCAAGGGACUAGUUUCAUUUUGCUGACUGUGAAAACAUGAAAAGUACUGUCUUGUAGAGCUGAAAUUUAACCUCCUUCCUUUAUUAAAGGUCCCUUCCAACCCCUACCAUUCUAUGAUUUUGUGGCCUAGAGUCAUACAGUUACUUGUACAACAAGGCCUGAGGCUGCAUUCCUACCUGGAAUCUGUGUAUCUGUUGGCAGUAACAUAGUUCUAUGUAUUUCCAUUAUCUUGCAGUGGGUUCUGGCUGAAACAGGAUUACUGCAGACCUUUUGGACAAGAGCAUUUAGCUGAAGAGUAUCGGAAGUAACAUUUGGGGAAAGGCUGCAAAAGUGACUGAACUCUAAAAGGACAAGAGUUCAAGUCUUCUGUAACAUAUGACUGUCUGAAUCUAACAGAUUUGUGACAGCAGUAGAAGUGCAUUGCUGUAUUGAGUUACCAAAGGUGGGGAAUUCAGUUGCAUUCUUUGCAGCAGGCCUGGGAGAAGGGUCAGGCUGGAUGGUGAGCAUCUAAAAUGUUUACGUACAAGGGAACUAAGCUUUUAUCAGAAGUAAGGUUUUAGUGACUUACCAGGAAGAAAGCCAGUUGAAAAUUUUUGGUGACUUUAUAAAAUUAGAAUAAAGGAUCCUGAUCAUCAAACCUAUUAUCGAAUACGAAGCUUUUGUAUUCAUGCUCCUCCCUUUUUGGGAACUCACUGAGUUGAUGGACUCCUCACUUUUGACUCCUCUCUUAGAUUUUUAAUUCUUUUCUCAAAUGUUGUGUAUGUCAUAGAGAAAGAAAUGAAUUUUUUCUUUUGACUUGCAACCAUGAAUUCAUGUCUGAGUUCAGGCAUACUGAGCUAUGUAUGAGACAGUGUUGGUUGAAUGAAAGUCCAAUAAAAAAAUGGAGAAGCUGAGACAAAUCUAAACAGGUAAAGAUGACCAAAUGACCUUCCUUGAAGUGCAGAAAUUAAGAGACUACAUAGUGCUUGGUUUGGAGUCAACAUUUUCACAGAAAAAUGCUCUGUUAGCACGGUGCUGAUGUUAAAGAUGGCAAGACACAGGGAGGGCUGCCAGUUGCUUUUUGUCCACCAGAGGGUAUAAGCGUCACACAACCGCUGAAGACGAGCGAGCAAAGACUUUCCUGAGGUUGAAUUAUGACAGGUUAAACGUCGACAUGUCUCUAUGAGACUGAAAGUUCUGCUUAGGAAGAGAGGGGGAAAGAGGGAACAAACUGGAGCUUUAAUGGGGAAAUAUGAAGUAAUACUACAGUUAACCCCUAACUGAAAAGGCUACAGAAGCUUGCUGGGAUUUCUAAUUGAACCAUUUUCUAGUGUGGCUGUUGAGACAAUAGCGUUACAGAAUAACUGUCCUCAGAUCUUCUUGUUGUCCAUUCAAGCCACUUUCUAGGUGCAGGAAGCAGCUCUGUAAAUGCAAUGUUUGUAGUUUAUCCUCCCGCCCUUUGGAAUUAUCCAGUUUCUGUACAUUUGUGUAUUCGGUAGCAUUGCCCUAAUUUAUACUCUGAGGUUUUUAGUAUUUCCUGGUAAGAAUGAGCAGUUUCUUUCAGGUGGAUCUAUAUUCUGUAGAAAUUGAAGCACUUUUAAUCUAAAAAAUACAGAUGUAUCUAAUGGGUUACUAUGGCAAUUUGUGACCAUGGCAACAGUGAGUUAGCAUUCUGAGGAACACACAGGUUCAUUUCUGGUUUGCUUGUUUUGUUGUGUUUUGGGGUUUUUUUUGUCAACAACCUCAUUAAUGGUGCAAGCUCCCCAGCUCAAGAGGUACAGGGUACUUCUGGAGACAAUGCAGUGCAGGGCCACCAAGAUGAUCAGGGGACAGGAACAUCUUCCUUACAAGGAAAGGCUACGGAAACUGAGGCUGUUUAGUCUGGAGGAGACCGAAGGGGGAUCUUAUUAAUACUUAAAAAUAUCUAAAUGAUGAAUGUCAGGAGGUUGGGGCAUCAUUUUUUUCUGUUGUAUCUAGUGACAGGAUAAGGGGUAAUGGAAAGAAGCUGAAACACAAAAAAUUCUAUUGAAACAAAAGGAAGAACUGCUGUAAGGGUGAGCACAGGCUGCCCAGGGGAAUUGUGGAGUCUCCUUCUUUGGAGAUCUUCAAAACCCACCUGGACACGUUCCUGUGUGACCUGAUCUAGGUGAACGUGCUUUAGCAGGAGAGUUGAACUAUAUGAUCUCUAAAGGUCCCUUCCAAUCCUACCAUUCUGUGAUUUCAGGAAAAAACAUUGCUUUUUUGAGUUCUUGACUAUACAAGACCAUGUAAGAACAAGGGAUUUUGACAUUUUCUCAUACAAGAUUUUUAUAGAAAAGUUGAUAAGUAUGGGCUGGAUGAGCAGACAGUGAGGUGGGGAAAAAACUAGCUGAAUGGACAGGUCUAAAGUGUGGUGAGAAGUCUGAAUGGAGGCCAGCAGCUAGCAGCGUACCACAAGACUCAAAACUGGGUCUAGUCCUAUUUGACAUUAGUGACCUGGAUAAUGGAGUAAAGUGUAGACUCAGCAAGUUUGCUUAUAAUACAAAACUGGAAGGAGUGGCUGAUGUGCAGGAAGCAGCAAGAGGUAUUUAGAGUAUCUGACCUUGCAUCUUAAAAUAUAGGGAAAUCUGAGUAGAAACGUAAUGAGACAGUCUGAGAUUCGUUCUGGUGUUGAGAAAGAGGUCUUUUAUCUACAGCAUCCUAGAUGGAAACUUACAGGCUGAAGAAGGGUCCAGGUCAUAGCAGGAGUUCACUGUAGGAAAGAGAAAUGGAAUUUAGAAUAGGACUAGGGAUUCUUUGUUGUCGGACUUGGUAGAGAAAGUUAUGUUUCUGUUCCAUUUUUUCCAUCAUAUGAUCAGAGUAAAACAAAAAUAUAGUGCUUUCAGCCAGGUGCUCUGUUUCAACUACAAUUUGUGGGUUGUCCUGACAUAGUUGAAACCCCAAGAGCACAUAUUGCAUUAUAGAAAACACUUCAGCCAUGAUUUAGAGAGUUGUGAGAAAUUAAUACAUUACUGGGGGAUGUAGGAAUGGGCUUUCAUCACUAAGCCUCCUGUUCAGUGAAUGGCUAUCACUGCCAGCGUAGAGCUCAUGUAAAGGCUCUCUGCUAGCAGAACUCAAUGUCAGCACAAGGAAAUGUGCUGGAUGUAAGUUUAGCCAAAGACAAAUCACAAACAUUUUCAAGCUUUCUCUUUUUCCUGGACUCUGUGGGGAAUCUAGCAACUGAAUGGGAAUUACAACAUUGCUGCUAUCACUUGCUAAUUUGGGGCAAUUAAUAUCUUGAAUUGUAGAUAGCUUGUUUUUGAAUUCUAUCUAUUAUAUAAACUGCAUUUAAAAGACAGUUUUUGUAAAAGCCAGCUGUUGUGAGCAGUUUGUAUUUGCCACAUGCAUAUAGAAGCAGAUGGGUGGAGCCACUGGUGCUCAAAGGCUAUUACAUCAGAAAAGGGCAGCCCAAGCUGAAUUGGUUCAGCUACUCCAGUCUACUGUCAGGCUCUUUGAUGACUGGUGAGCCACUUGGAAUUAACACACGCAUUGCAAGAGCUUAAUCCUGAUACUGUCACCUUUUUACCCAUGCUUUGAAGCACCGGGAUGUUAAAUAACUGGGUUUCUGGGCUUUUUUUGAGGGGGAAGAGGGAAUUUGAAUUCUUUUUGGGGAGUCAUUAAAAGCUUGGUCACUUGCUGCAGUAUAAUGACUUAAAUGUAGAAACCUUAAAGCAUCCUAAUCCAGUAUAGUGCUUGCUUUGUUUACCCAGACUCUUUCUAGGUAUCUUUUUUGCAUUCUCUUUUUGUGAAAACUAUGAAAGAAAACCAUGUGCUACCUCUUUGGUAACUUUCUCUUUUGCUCUAGUUUGUUUUGUCCCGUUUCAAAGGAUCAGCUGUUUUUCUUCCAUUUCUCCUCAGAGUAUAAUACAAGAGGUUUUACUGAUGCACUUCCAUGCCACAGGGUGGCAGCUAAUCCUCACUUCUGUGUUAUUUUGGCGUUUCUGCUGGAAGCAGCUCUCCUGGCCAUGUGCCCCUCUGAGACAUAAGCUUCAUGAACCUCUGAAUACAGCCCUUCUGUGGGGUUGAAGAGUAUUUGAAAAAGCUUAUUGUAUUGUGUCUAUUCAGGCUGUAUCAACUUACUGAAGCCUGUAGUAGCUGACAGGACAAAAAAAGCAUCUUCCAAGGUAUACAUUUUUAAUAUUGCAUAUUGCUACGGUUUCAUGUGGGUCUCUUGUAAGUGGUGCUCCAAGCACAACUGAACACAAGUAUGUGGUGACACCUCUGGAAAAAUGUGGCUUUGAUGGAGUCUUAGUUAUUGAUGUGGGUAUCCAGAGAUAAGUUGGGAGAAGUUACCAUUCACUUUUUAUUUCCAAUUCAUUUUGACAGAUCAUUAUCUCAGAUAAUUUGAAUUGACAUCUCGAUGUGUCAUUAGAAUAGGUUUAUGAUUUGCAGGUAUGGCUUUUUGCUCUUUGUUAUUGAGUUUACAUGGUUUACUCCCACCCCUUGUCCCAGUUUCUUACUAUUGCUGCCUGUGAAUAUUUUUCUUCAAAAAGCUGCUAUUUUGUUAUGUUCUCAAACUGUGCUCCCAAGUUGUUUAAAUUUAUCUCCAUGUCUCUUAUGUGUUUAGUCUUCUGCCUUUCUCCCUCUCCAUUGUUCAAUAAAGAUAUGAAAAUUAAUACAGAGUCCUGCUAUUUCUGCCAUGUAAAAAUCAA